GUCCCAAAUCCUUCCAGCAUCCAAUUUAAUUCCCUUCAAUUACAAUGACAUCGACUGACUCCCGAGAAGCACGGGAAGGUCCAGGAAAGACACGGCGAAGAUCACGAUUCGGCUGCCGCAAUUGCAAGCUGCGGAAACUGAAGUGCGACGAAAGCAAACCACAAUGCAAACGAUGUAGCUCAUUCGGGGUUGUAUGCACCUUCACAUCAACCACGACUCCCGACCUCCACCCCAUUCCCGCUGACUCGCGCCGGUCAUGGAUGGUUCGAGGUACAGCAUCAGCAGCAAGCCUGCAGGCCCCUCUCAGCAAUGCCAUCUGGACCUCAGACGCCUCAACGUUCUUUCGACUGAACACCAGAUGCCAAGACUUCAUCACCCGGUAUCUAGGGCGCAGCCUCAUUACCCCCGAUGAUCCAAACAUGGGACGCGUAAAUCGUAAGCUGCUAGAACAAGCCUUUACCCAUCCCUACCUAAUGCACGCCUCCCUAGCAGUAUCACUCACCUACGACCGCCACCUAAACAGCCCGCUCGACAGCCACCGCACUCUGGAAGAAUGCUACCACUGGUCGCAAAGCACCAUCCUCUUCAACAAGAAGCUUCGCGAAUCCAUAGAACCUGAUGACAGGGAUCCCAUAUGGGGCACAGCAGCCGCGCUAGUAAUUCUGACUUUCUCAUCUCCUAACGCACGCACCCCGGAAGAAUCAUGGCCACUGAACCCCUCCCCUUCCUCCUAUCUGGACUGGGUGCAUAUGAACAAGGGGAAAAUGUCUCUGUGGAAUAUAGUCAAUCCGCUGCGCUCGGAUAGUAUCUUUCAUGUUAUGGCGGGGACGUUUGCCUAUGUGCAUUCGCCGUUGCCACAAGGAGGAGUAGAGGGUAUACCUCCUGCUUUAGCGGCGCUGUGUGGUAUCACGGAUGAUUCUACGGCGGAAACGAUUCCGUAUUUUCAUGCUGCUCAUGCGGUAGCGCAGAUCUUGGAGGUUGAGGAUAGUGAGGUCACGAUGGGUCCGGUGCAGAUGUUUAUGCGGUGUAUUCAGGGUGGGUUUGAGGGGUUGUUGAGGGAUAGGGAUCCUGUUGCGUUGGUGUUGCUGUACCUGUGGUAUAGAAAAGCUGGACGUUGUAUUUGGUGGAUUGGGCUUAGGGCGAGGGUGGAGUGUCCUGCGAUUUGGAUGUAUUUGCGUCGGUAUCAUGGAGGAGAUGAGGCUGUGAUGGGAUUGCUUCCAGAGGGUGGUAAAACUUCUUAUAGACUAGAUCUGUACUAA